AUGGAUGACAAGUUACUGACAGCGAUCAUAGAAGGAACUUUAAGCGAUAACGAGGCCAAAGGACAACUUCUCAGACGCAGAUACACCAUUGCAAUCGACGAAGACCUCCCGCCUGACCUCCGAGCCCGAGCCCUUCAAAUAUGUGACAAGGCCUUCAAGUCCGGCAUCUUCGAAGCAACCAGCAAGACGCCGCCAUUCGUCACAUUCCUGCACGAUGCAUUGGAAGCAAUUGCACUUGUGUACAAGGACAAGGAUGCUCGGCUCACGCCAUCACCUCAAACAAGGACAAGCACUCCAGCCGAUGCGACGAAGCACACUCUUGAGCCAUUACCAGGUUCCGAGUCCGACCUCGAGCGUCGGUCUGCUGCUUCUGGUCGGGGUCGGCGUUGGAGAUCAGUGACUUUGGAACGGUCAAUGGUCGCGGAUGCAGUCGAAGCGAGGCGGCUUCGGAAGCGCCGCGCGCAUUUCAACACUGAUACAUCUGGGAGAGAUUCAAAGCGUCGUCUUUACGGACCCCCCGAGAAUGUUCCCAGGACAAAGUAUUCAGCAGAAUCUUCACCCUCCAUGAUCGUCAAAUUGCGAGUUCCAAGUACAAGUGACAGCAACAAGUUGCUAGGCGUACCUGUUCCCAUCCCCAGAAGACCUACUUGA